UGUCCGUCUGUGCCACCGGUACAAAGGUGAAGAAUAAAGUUCAAAGUUCAAAGAGCGCUCGAUUGCCCCCCUCCCCACUAGUCUGUCGGGAUGGCCGCUAGAAGCGCGUUUUUUCAGGCUUUUCUGUAACGUUAAACGGACGGCCUCUGACUUUCUUGAUGAUAUGGACAAAUGUUAGUCUAACUGUUACUACAGCUGAAACUUCAUCAGUGGAACAUGGGACGUCUAGACGGAAAAAUAGCGCUGUGUACUGCGUCUGCACAGGGGAUAGGACUGGCUACUGUACUGGCAUUUGUCAAGGAGGGAGCCAGAGUCAUUGCUACAGACAUCAAUAUCAGUAAACUGGAGCAGGAGGUCAAAGAUGUGCCAGCUGCAGGUAUUGAGGCCAAGAUGCUGAAUGUGGCAGACAAGGGCCAGGUCACUGCACUGGUGGACCAGUUAGACCGUGUGGACAUCCUCUUCAACUGUGCAGGAAUAGUUCCCAAUGGCACGAUCCUGGACUGUGAGGAGGCUGACUGGGACCAGACUAUGAAUAUCAACCUGAAGAGCAUGUACUUCCUGUGUCGUGCUGUCCUCCCAAAGAUGGUAGCACAAGGUUCUGGAUCUAUCGUAAACAUGUCUUCUAGUAUCUCAAAUGUUAAAGGUGUCCCGAUGAGGUUUGUGUAUUCUGUCAGUAAGGGAGGAGUCAGCGGACUCACCAAGGCCAUCGCUGCAGACUUUGUCUCCAAGGGGAUUCGCUGUAACUGUAUCUGUCCAGCUGCAGUAGAAACACCUUCACUGCAGGAGAGAAUUAAUGCCUCCCCUGAUCCUGUCAAGGCUCGAGCAGCCUUCGUGCAGAAGAUUGGCCGUAUGGGGAAGCCUGAGGAGAUCGCAGCCCUGGCCGUGUACCUCGCAUCAGAUGAGUCUGGAUACACCACAGGCCAGGAACUUGUGAUCGACGGAGGCUGGGGCCUAGCCUAAUAAACAAGCAGACCCAGAUGUACCUGAACUACUAAAUGUUGUUCUUGGAUAGCCCUAAUAUUGUAGUACCUCUACAAUAUCUUCCUGUGUUUCUCUCGUUCUCAAUUACACAUGCAACAAACUUAAAUAACCCUAUCAUGUAUUGCAACUCAUUUAUAGAAUUUCCUCAUGAAUUGCCCUGAGGAAGGUGACAUAUGCUAAUAGAAACAUCCGCUAAAUAAACCUCUCGGUUGU